AUGUGGCUUUACUGGACUCUGGGAACCUUACUGUAUGUUGCCACGGUAAUCCCAGCCCAUUGCCAGAGUGGUGAUGGUGGGGACUGGGGAUCUGGUGAUGAACUAGAUUCUGUACUAAAUGGCAAUACGUCAGCUCACACUAUUCAUGUGGUAGGAGAUGAUCCAGCUGGAACUGGGAGCAGACGCUGGCAAGAUACACAGUUCCAGGUCCUGCCCCAGACAAACAGUGAUGAUUGUGCUGUUCAUUUCAGCACAAGCCAAGCCACUUCCCGUUAUUCACGGGCUUACAUGGAGGAGCUGGCCUAUCUCAAGACUCUCCAGCAUGGAAAUCAGGCCGUGAUGGAGAACUUGGUUCAGUUUGUAGGGGCGGAGAUGGGAGAUCAGCGCUAUGAGGAGGUAAUUCAGGAGAAUAUUAUUGGCAUCAAGGAGGAUCACCUCAGCUGUGAUGGUGUAGUGAAAAAAGUAGCUGAAGAGCUGGAGAGUCAACUUGAGGGGGACAUCUUGGAGGUGCUGGCAGGGAUUCAGAAGAUCAAAGAGGAGUCUAAAGUAUUUGCGGAAAUGCUCCGUGCCACAGCAGACGUCGCCAGUCGAAUAGAGAGCUCUUCUCGGGCGUUGCAUGUGGAGCUUGUUUCCUGUUAUGACAAGACACACUCGCAUGCUGAGGAUGAACUCUUCAAAAAGCUGUUCAUCGGCUACAACAAGUGGUCCAGACCCGUGCCCAACACCUCAGAUGUAGUAAUUGUCAAGUUUGGCCUCUCCAUCGCCCAACUGAUUGAUGUGGAUGAGAAAAACCAGAUGAUGACUACCAAUGUAUGGCUGAAACAGGAAUGGAAUGAUUACAAACUGCGAUGGAGGCCGUCAGACUACGACAAUGUGACAUCUAUCAGAGUACCGUCAGAACUCAUCUGGGUCCCAGACAUUGUCCUCUACAAUAAUGCAGACGGUGAAUUUGCUGUAACCCAUAUGACCAAAGCCCACCUUUUCUACACGGGUAAAGUACGGUGGGUACCCCCUGCCAUCUACAAGAGCUCCUGCAGCAUAGAUGUCACCUUCUUUCCAUUCGAUCAGCAGAACUGCAAGAUGAAAUUUGGCUCUUGGACGUACGACAAGGCUAAGAUCGACCUGGAGCGUAUUGAGAACACGGUGGACCUGAAAGACUACUGGGAGAGUGGGGAGUGGGCGAUCAUCAACGCAGUGGGAACCUACAAUACCAAAAAAUACGACUGUUGCCAUGAGAUUUACCCGGACAUUACUUAUUACUUCAUCAUCCGCAGGCUUCCUCUCUUCUACACCAUCAACCUCAUCAUUCCAUGUCUGCUCAUCUCCUGUCUGACCGUGCUGGUCUUUUACCUGCCAUCUGACUGCGGAGAGAAGAUCACACUUUGCAUCUCUGUUCUUCUCUCCCUUACUGUCUUCCUCUUGCUCAUCACAGAGAUCAUCCCAUCCACAUCGCUGGUCAUCCCUCUCAUUGGUGAAUACCUGCUCUUCACCAUGAUCUUUGUCACUCUCUCCAUCGUCAUAACCGUGUUUGUGCUGAAUGUGCACCACCGGUCGCCAGGGACGCACAAGAUGCCUCGCUGGGUGCACUCGGUAUUUCUGGACCUGAUCCCGCGUUGGCUGUUCAUGCGCAGGCCCGCGCCCGACAGCCGACGGCGCCAGAGGUUGUUUCUCUUACGGCGCCAGCGGGAUUCGGCGUCGCGAGCCGUCGGCCCGGCUCCCGCCUCCUGCUUAAGCACGUCUGCGAGUUGGUUCUCCGGAGAGAUGCCGGCGGAGGAGCUACGGAGGCACUGCUGUUACGAAGACCUGGAGCUCGGAACGUUGUCGUCCACUUUUUCUCUCUCGUUCCGCCCACCCUCGCCCCGUCCCCCUGGCUCAACACCCCCACCGCAGCAGAAGCAUGGCCCCUCCACUAGACUAGAGAUAGGUAUGGCUAACAGGCAGCUGGGGAGCAGGGCCAAUGCCACAAAGAGACCUGCCCAGGUGGACAGUCCGUUGUCAGAUAACCCAGGACUCACUUUAUCCCCCAGUGUCCUGCAGGCCUUGGAGGGAGUGCUCUACAUAGCAGAUCACCUGAGAGCAGAAGAUGCUGAUUUCAGUGUGAAAGAGGACUGGAAGUACGUUGCCAUGGUGAUUGACCGGAUCUUUCUAUGGAUGUUCAUCAUAGUGUGCCUGCUAGGAACGAUUGGCCUGUUCCUACCACCAUGGCUGGCAGGUAUGAUUUAA